AUGACUUUUAUGGGAUUUAAAGCAGGUACUAUAACUUUAGAUGAACCAAGAUUAAUUUAUUAUUCUGGACAAGUGCUAUCGGGAACAAUUCAAUUCGAAUUAGGGGACCAGUUAACAUUUACAGAUAUUAAAGUAGUUUACAUUGGUCAAGCAAUUGUAAAAUGGCCUGAAAAUGAAGUUCAGAAGUACUCAGGUACUUCAAGAGUUCGUCAGAUAGAUUUUUCUGGAAGAGAUGUUUACUUCAGCACUGAACAAUCUUUAUGUGGAGGGCCUACUACACUCCCAGCUGGUUCUCAUUCCUUCAAGUUCUCAUAUCAAAUUCCACCCAGUGCUCCAUCUUCAUUUAAAGGCAGCAAGGGUUCUAUCAAUUACCGAAUUGUAGCAGUUAUGGAAUACCAAGAUAUGAAAAGAGAUGAGUUGAGUGCUGAUUUUGAAGUUGUUGCACCUUUGGAUUUAAAUACUGUGCAAGAUAUCAAGAAACCCAUUGUGCUUGAAUUUGAAGAUGUAUCCUCCUGUAAUUGUUUCUGUCAGGACUCAGUGAUAAGUGUCAAAAUAGUUUUACCUGUGUCAGGCUAUUGUCCAGGGCAAAUGAUGCAAAUUAAAAUUGACUCUAAAAAUGACAGCAGUGUGGAGGUUAGGAAAAUAGUUUUCCAGUUUGUCAAGAGAGAAAGAUAUCAUUCACAGCAACCAAAGUCAACAUACACACCACCAGAAGAGAUUUUGGAAACAUUGGUUCAAGGUCCAAUAUUGGCAAACACCAAACGGUCUUUUACAUUUCAGAUGAGAGUGCCAGAUAUAAUAGCAUAUAACCUUGAGGCAUGUAAUAUAAUAGAUGUUGCCUAUUUCUUAAAGGUAAAAGUAAAGAUGUCUGGCUGUGCUGAAGAUCUAGAAGAUGAGUGUGAAUUAUGUAUAGGUUUAAUACCUCUUAAGGAAACAGUUGAAGGGACAUACAUACAUCCACUUUCAUAUUUACUUCCAAAAGCUGCCCCACCCAAUCCUAACAAUAUUCCUAAUAUACCCAUACAAUUACAAAAUGUGAAUCAAACACCAUAUCCGCAAAGUGGUUCCAGUUCUAAAAUUCAAAUGCCAUUUCCACAGGGAUAUAAACCACAAAAUGUCAUGAAUUCUCCGGUUCCGUAUGAAAUAGGAUUUAAAGUACCAGAUAUAGUUGUUGAACCGCCAUACCCAGUAAAUGAUGGCAACAUGCCGCAGGCAAACAAUUUUCCUACACCCAGUGCUCCUCCUAUGUGA